GCACAAGCGUGUGAAAUACGUGGCUUCGAUGCUAAGCAACGCGCGUUUAAACCAAUAAAUACGGCGCUGCCACCCACACAAACACUUUACUUACUCACUGCGUUAAACCAAAGCAUUCCUUAAUGAAACCAACUUCUUCUUCUUCUUCUUCUUCUUCAUUUUCAAUCUCAUUCUUCAUCUUCUUCUUCGCUACCUUCAAUUUUCUAGAAUCUUCUGCAGAUUGUACCCAUUUCGAUCACGCGCCAAUGUCUACUUUAUGCGGAGGCAUUCACGAUUCACCAAUCAAUCAAAACUCUGAUGAAAUUGAAUCUCUUGCUCGAUUCGCUGUUGAUCAACACAACGCCAAACAGAAUUCUCUUCUGGAGUUUGCAAGGGUGGUGAAAGCACGUGAACAGGUUGUAGCUGGUACACUUCAUUAUCUUACUCUUGAGGCUGUUGAUGGGGGUGAAAAAAAGAUCUAUGAAGCCCAAGUCUGGGUAAAACCCUGGUUGAACUUUAAAGAACUUCAAGAGUUCAAGCAUGCUGAUAAUGGUGGUGCUCCAUCAUUUACCUCUGCAGAUCUUGGUGCGCUAAAGGAUGGCCACAAGCCAGGAUGGCAGUCUGUGCCAACACAUGACCCUCAAGUUCAAGAUGCAGCAAAUCAUGCUAUUAAGACCAUCCAGCAGAGGUCAAAUUCACUAGUGCCCUAUGAGCUCCAUGAGGUUACUGAUGCAAAGGCUGAGGUCAUCGAUGAUUUUGCUAAGUUUAAUUUGCUACUCAAGGUCAAGCGGGGAGAGAAGGAAGAGAAGUUCAAGGUAGAGGUGCACAAGAAUAACGAGGGUAGUUUCCAUCUUAAUCAGAUGGAAGCUGAUCAUUCCUAAUCCUGAUAUGAAGCUUGGUCGCGGUAGCAAUAUAGGCCUGCUUGGACCCUAAAUUUGCACUUUAUAUAUAUAUGGGAUGGGAUGGGAUGUAUCAUGUAUCGUUUAUGACUCACAACACAACUAGUACUUUUCUAAUAUUGCCCUUGUUUUACUACUUGUUAGUGACUAUGAAAAUGUGUUUGCUUACUAGGGAUUACAAUGGAUGUGGCUUGUGUUAGGGAAAACUAUUGGGAUUUGGGAGGCUUGUAACCUUGUACCAACUAAGUGUGAAAGAUUCCAAAAUAAUGGAAUUAAAUAAUUUUUCUUAAAA